AUGUUUCGGGCAAGAAUACACAUAAUUCCGGCUGUCGAACGAAGGGCACUGUACGAGUCGCAUCAAGGUACAGGGUCCACGGAGAUGGACGAACCGGAGAUGGAGCGGCAAGUUGGAACUACCGACUUGACUAUGACGGCGAGCAUUGAACAAAAGUACCAAAAUUUCACUGAGAAGCACCUUCGGUGCUCAAAAAGACCUGAACAUGCUCGACUGAAUUCUACGGUAUCAGAGGUGACAGAAGAACUGCUAGAGAAGAGAAGAACCUUAAAGCGGGAUAAGAUCAAUAAUGUGGAGUAG